AUGAAAUAUCGGAAAAAUAUUUUACUCAGGAUACAAUAUUAUACUACAUAUAUUAAUAAUAAUAAUAAUAAUUAUUGUUAUUUUUAUAAUUAUUAUUUUUGUAAAAAUGAUGCAAAAUUCUUCAGUUAUUUAAAUUCAAAAGGAAAAGGGAGGGGAAGAAAAAAUGAUAAAGUGAAAAAUGUACAACUAGCCAAUAUAAAUUAUUAUUCAAGGAAAGAAAAAAAACAAAUUUUACAAAAUAUUUAUGAAAAGAUUAUUUUAAAAAGAAAUAUUGAUAAUGAAAAAAUUCUGGAAUUAUAUUUGAAUGAUAAAGAUGUUCAACAUAUUUUGAAAGAGGAAAAUAUUAAUGAACAUGACAAAAAAAUUAAAAGAAUUGAAGAAAUUGUAAAUAAUGAAGAAAAUUUAAAUAAAAAAUUUAAUCAGUUUUAUGAUUUAUUUUGUUUUGAUUUGAAAAAUGUGAAUGUUGCUAUAGGUGUUAAUAAAAAUUGUAAUAUAAAUGAUAAUAUAAAUGAUAAUAUAAAUCAUAAUAUAUAUAAUAAUAUAUAUAAUAGUAUAUAUGAUAAUAUAAAAAAUGUAGGACAAAAAAAUAACCAUUUGAAUUAUCCUUGUGAUAAGUCCAUUAAUAAUAAAAAUGUUUUUAAAUUAAAUAAUGAAUUAAUAUAUAAUAGUAUGUGUACCAGUUAUGUCAAAAAAUAUGAAUAUAUAAAAAUAAAUUUAAACCUAAUUAAAAAAUUUCUUGUUUUUAUCGAAAAAAAUUUAAUUAAUUAUGAUAACACAAGUUCAUGCUUUAAAUAUUAUUUUUCAUUUAAUCAGUUUAUUAUAUAUUUUUUUAAUUACUCUUUUGAUUUUAUUAAAUACUUUGAUAAGAAUUUGUUGUUAUCAUAUAUAUCUUUAUAUAUAAAAUUAAAUUUGUUUUACUCCCAUCAACUUUUUAUUUAUAUUGAAGAAAAAAUAAAGGAUGACAAGGAUAAUAAAUAUAAGGAUAAAAUAAAUGAGGAUAAAAAUAGACAAGUAGAAGAAACUAUUUAUGAUAUAAACAUAUCUAAUGAAGAAAUUCUGGAUAUAAUAAAAAAUAAUAACAAGAAUAUUAUACAUAUGUUGAAUUUAUUGCUUCAUAAAGAAGUAGGAUAUUAUAAUAUAAUAAAUGUAUUACAUUUGUAUUAUAGUUAUUAUAAGAAGGUAAAAAUAAAUGAAGUAAUUAAAAAUGUGCAUAAUUUGUUUAAUAUUGAUAUAUAUUCAAUAAUAAAAUUAAAAAAACAUAAUAAUAAUAAUAAUAAUAAUAAUGAUAAUAAUAAUGAUAAUAUGGUGUCUGAUCAUAUAACCAAUCUAAAUGAAGAACAAAUUAAUUAUUUAUAUUCAUAUUAUAGUUAUAUGAUAUGUUUAUAUUUCAAUUAUAUGUAUUUACUAAAUAAUAUAAUUAAACAAAACAAUUUUUUUUUACCAUAUUGUGAUGAAAAUAUAAUUUAUUUAUUAAAUUGCAUAGAAUUAUUAUGUGAAAAUAUAUUUGAUAAUAAAACUAUUAUAGAAGAAAAAAUUAAACAAUUAAUAAUGUGUAUAAAUAAUAAGGAUGUGGAAAGGUAUUUAUUAAAAGAUAUAUUAUAUAAUAUAAGAUAUAAUGACUAUUUAGAUAUAGGAAAAAAUAAUAUAAUAGAUAAUAAUUUAAAAUAUGAAAAUUUUGACAUAGAAAAUAAAAAGAAAAUAAAUAUAUCAUAUAAUUCAAUGUAUAAAAAUAAUAAUAAUAGUAUUAAUUAUAAUAAUAGUGAUUAUGAUAAUUAUUAUAGACAUAUUAUAUAUUCUAAUGAUGAUACUAAUAAAUCUUAUUAUUUAUCUCAUAAUAAUAUUAUACAUAAUAAUAUUAUACAUAAUAAUAUGUUUAGAGAUAAAGAUAAAUAUCUUUUAAUUUUAUACACAAAUACACGAAAAAAUAUGAAGUCGCUCUUUCAAAAUAUGACACAUUUUUUUAUUGUACAAAAUUGUGAUGUAAUAUUAAAAUUUUUGAAUAUUAUAUAUACAACAAAAUAUAUGAAUAUAUAUAAUAUAAAUAUAUUAUUUUAUAGCCUAUGUAUAAAUUCUCAUGUUAUGAAAACGUAUCAAAUAAAAAAUGUGCUUUUUUUUUUCUCAUUAUAUAAAAAUUAUUUUAUUUUAAAUAAUGUGGACCUAGGAAAUACAAUAUAUAAUUGGUAUAAUAAACGUUUAAUAUAUUUUAUAAGAAAAAAGAUAGAAGUUUAUUUUGAACAUCAUUCUUUAGAAAACAGUAUAAGAAGUAUAUUUCUUUUAUCUGAUAUAUUAAGUUACAAUAAAAUAAUAAAAAAAAUAUUAAUGAAAAAAUUGGAAUUGUUAAAUAUUCAAAACAUUUCACCUGCACUCUUUUGUCAAAUAUUUUUUUUAUUAAAAAAAUUAAAAUGUGAUGCACGGAAUCAAAUAGGAAGUCAAUUGUUUUUAAAACAUUAUAAGAAAUUCAUACCUUCAUUAACAUAUAUCCAAAUAUUAUAUUUAAUAGAAAAUGUAGAAUAUUUAAUAAAUAGAAGGAAGCGUAAAAUUUUCCUUCUUCUGAUUUUAUAUUGUUUUAAGAAAUUGAAAGAAAAUAAUACUCAUUUGUUAUAUCACGAUUCUAUUUUUAUAAGUAUGAAUUAUAUUUUUAAAUUAAUAAAUAUAAUAAACAAAUUUAAAUUGUAUCAAUAUUGUAAAAGGAAUUAUUUUGUUCCAAUAUAUGAAUAUAUUUUAUCUUUUGAUGAAGUACAACGUGGUAUAAAAAAAGAGAGGUGUCAACUUAAUUUUUGUGGUAAUAAUAAAUAUUUUAAUCAUUUUUAUGAAAAUAAUAAUUACACAUUUGUCAUAAAUAAUAAUGACACAAUAUUGAUAGAUUAUAAUAAGAAUGAUAGAAAUAAAAUAAAUAUAAAAGAACAAAAAGUUGAUGAUACAAAUGGUGGGGGUAUUAAAAAAUGUGAUGAUAAUAAUAAAAUAAAGGAACAUAAUAAUAAUAUUGUAAUAAAAGACAAUAAUAUUUCUUCAUCAAUUAAUUCUUAUGAGAAUUAUACAAAUGAUAGUAACGUUUCUUUUUUUCUUGGUACAUCUAUUAAUUGUUUAUAUAAAUAUAAUAUUAAGUUAGAAUUACUAACAUGUAGUCAAAUAAUAGAUAUGAUUUUUUUUAAUAUUAACACUAAUAUAAAUAUUUUUAUUAUAGGAGAAUUAUAUAGCGAUUUAUUUUAUCGAAUUAUUAGAAAUACUCCUUUUAGAAAAGAUGAAAUAUUACUUAUAUUUAAAAGCAUGUGGAUGUCUAGAGUUUAUCAUGAAAAUUUGUUUAAUUCGUUACUUGAAAUUAUAAAUAAUAAUAAAAGGAUUAUAGAGAACUAUUUAUAUUCUUUAGAUAUUUUAUUAUGUCUUUGUUCUUACAAAAGAGAUAAUAUGAAAACAGAAAUGCAAAAUUAUAAAGAGCUAAUCAUAUCACUUUUUGAUAUAUGUUUUUUAAAUAUAGAUCAUAUUUGUAAAAAUAUAAAAAGACAAAUACAUUUUUAUUACUGUGUUCUUUUUUUGGAAGUAUAUUAUCCUAUAUUAUAUUUAAAAAUUAUUAAAGGGAAGGGGAAUAUUUUGUCUGAUAUUUCAAAUCAAAUUUAUAGUAACAAAAUAAAAGAGAAGGAAGAAAUAUCAACUAUAUUUGAUAAGAAAAAAAAUGAAACAGUUGAAGAAAAGAAAAAAUUAUAUAUGUGUAUGAAUAAUAAAGUGGUUAAUAAAUAUGAUGUGGUAAGAUAUAAUUUGAAAGAUACUAAAAUGGAGAGGAUAAAUAUUGUAGGAAAUAUGAACAAUACAUUUAAUAAUAAUGUAGAACAAAAGGAUAAUAUAAUAAAUGUGGACAAUAUAAAAGAAAAAAAAAACAAAGAAAUUAAAAAAAUUAAAGAUAUCUAUGAAAAAAAUAAAUAUGAUUAUACAUACAAUAUUUAUAAUAAUUUUAGCCAUGAUGGUGUUAUCUAUCCAGUGUGCAUUUUAAAAAAAUUAAAAGAAAUUUUUUUUAUUUAUCAAAAAAAGUAUGCAUAUAAAUAUGAUCUUAUACCAUUUUAUGAAUUAUUAGAUAAAUUAUAUAUAAGAAAAAUAAAAUAUAAUAAUGUUCCAAUAAUAUAUUUAAAAAAUUAUGAAUUAAAUAAUUUGUUUGUUUUAAAUAUUUAUUUCCCCCUCAUCAAGUUUGCUAUACUGUUUGUAAAAGAUCACAAAGAUGACAUCAGAAAUGACAAAAAAAUGAAAAAGGAUAUUAUAAAAUGUAUUCAUAUGAAGAAUAUAGAGAAAGAACAUAUAAGUGAUAAUAAAACAAAUGAUAAUAGUAGUAGUCAUAAUAGUUUGUAUCCAUAUAAUUUUAUUUCAAAUAACUUAUAUUCAAAUGAUAUAGAUAUAUUAAUACAAAGAUUAUAUUUGUAUAAAUAUCAUAAAAUACAUGUUAUGGUAUUAUCAAAAGAAAAUGUUGAUUUGUUUUUUAAAAAAUAUACAAGUGAAAAACAACUGAAGCUAAUAAACGAAUCAAAUAUAGUAUUUCAAAAUGUGUAUAAGCAUAUAAUAAAAAAUAACAAAGAAGACCAUGCAAAAAUGUUAGCUUCCCUCAUGAAGAAACAAUUACAAUUUAUAUUUUCAUUAAAUUCAUGA